AUCAACUCCAUCUUUCGCCGCCUCAAUCUGGUUGGAAGGGGUGCAUAUGGUGCCGUGUACAGGGGCGUUCACAACUCUUCAGGCGCCGUCGUUGCCCUCAAGGUUGUCAAUCUCGACACGCCUGACGACGAUGUGAGCGACAUCCAGCGCGAGGUCGCCCUGCUCUCGCAGCUCCGCGAGACAGAGCAGCGCAACGUGGUGCGCUACUGGGGCUGCUGGCUCAAGGGCGCCGAGCUGUGGAUCGUCAUGGACUUUGCCGAGGGCGGCAGCGUGAGGACACUCAUGAAUGCGGGGCCGAUUCAGGAGAAGUACGCCUGUGUCAUCGUGCGCGAGUCCCUCGUCGCCCUGGCCUAUCUGCACAAGUCGGGCAUCAUCCACCGCGACAUCAAGGCCGCCAACAUCCUCCUCACCGUCACGGGCAAGGUGCUGCUGUGCGACUUUGGCGUCGCUGCCUCGCUUGCUAAUUCCUCGUCGGCUAAGCGAACGACGUUUGUGGGCACGCCCUACUGGAUGGCCCCCGAGGUCAUCACCCAGGGAAAGAGCUACGAUCAGGGGGCUGACAUCUGGAGCCUGGGCAUCACCAUCUAUGAGAUGGUGACGGGCAACCCGCCGCUGGCCGACCAGGAGCAGAUGCGCGUCAUUAUGCUCAUCCCAAAGAACAAGCCGCCACGCCUGCCUGCCGAAGGCAGCUUCUCGCAGCCCAUGCGCGACUUUGUCGCCGCGUGCCUCAACGAGGAGCCCAACGAGCGGCCCAAUGCAGAGGAGCUGCAGAAGCACAAGUGGAUCAAGGCGACGGCCAAGGUUUCGACGGUGCUCCUCAAGGAUCUCAUCAGCCAGUACGGCGCGUGGGUCAAGAGCGGA